AUGAACAGAUCCAACUGGGUUAACGCGCUUUUACUAAUAUUAUGCUGUUUUUUGGUGUACGCAACUUGUGAUUGUGGAUGCAAUAAAUUGAAGCGAAAUGCAGAAGGACAAGAGUUGCCGAAGGAGCGCGUUCUAUUCCCACCUGAUACACCAUCUUCACAGGAAGCAGUAAACGACCACGAAAGCUUACUGGACUUGGUAGAACAUUCCAAGCUUUUCGAAGCGAUGAGCCUCAUCCCAGGUGGAGAAUAUGUUAUCGGCACAAAUGAACCAAUUUUCGUCAACGAUCGCGAAUCACCAGCACGCCCGGUAACAAUCCGUGACUAUUACCUCGACCAGCACGAAGUGUCUAAUGCACAGUUUAAGGAGUUCGCCGAGCAAACUGGCUACACAACGGAGGCAGAGAAGUUUGGCGAUAGUUUUGUAUUUCAACAGCUGCUGACGGACCAGGUGCGCAAACAGUACGAAGACUACCGUGUGGCUGCUGCACCGUGGUGGUAUAAAUUACGGGGAGCCUCCUGGAAACACCCGGAGGGAGAUCCUUCGCGUGAUAUAAGAGAUCGACUGGACCAUCCAGUGGUGCACGUGUCUUGGAAUGACGCAGUAGCGUACUGUAGCUGGAAAGGGAAACGUCUGCCAACCGAAGCGGAAUGGGAAGCGGCAUGCCGUGGUGGACGAAAGCAGAAACUUUUCCCUUGGGGCAACAAACUGAUGCCUAAGGACCAGCACAUGAUGAACAUAUGGCAGGGCGAAUUUCCGGAGAAUAAUUUGGUGCAGGAUGGAUGCGAGACCACCUGUCCGGUAACAUCGUUCCGGCAGAAUCCGUUCGAUCUGUACAAUAUUGUUGGCAAUGUUUGGGAAUGGACGGCGGAUUUGUGGGAUCCGAAAGAAGCGACUGCACAGCGAAAACCGGGCAGUGAUCCACCGAAUAGAGUGAAGAAAGGUGGAUCUUAUCUUUGCCAUGAAUCUUACUGCUAUCGCUACCGAUGUGCAGCUCGAUCGCAGAAUACAGAAGACAGUUCGGCAGGAAAUCUUGGUUUCCGGUGUGCGGCUGAUGCUAACUGA